AUGCGGCGGGCCAUGAGUGGAAUACUGAAGAGGAAAUUUGAGGAGGUGGAAGCCUCCUCCUCCCCAUGCUCUUCCUUGCGGGAGUCUGAUGAUGAGGUCUCCUGCAGUGAGAGUGGGGAUAGCAGUGACAGUGUCAACCCCUCUGCCUCAGGCCCUUUUACCCCUGACUCAAUACUGAUGAGGGAGAAGCGGCUGAGGACGAGGCGGGUGCAUUUUGAGAAUGUGACAGUGUACUACUUCAGCCGGCGGCAGGGCUUCACCAGCGUGCCUAGCCAAGGUGGUAGCACGCUGGGCAUGUCCAACAGGCACAGCUGGGUCAGGCAGUACUCCCUGGGAGAAUUUGCCCUGGAACAAGAGAGGAUCCAUAGAGACAUGCUCAGAGACCACCUGAAGGAGGAGAAACUUAACUCAAUCAAACUCAAGCUAACUAAGAAUGGCACAGUCGAGUCUGAAGAGGCCAACACGCUCACGGCAGAGGACAUAUCUGAUGAUGACAUUGAUCUGGACAACACAGAGGUGGACGAGUACUUCUUCCUGCAGCCUCUUACCACUAAAAAGCGUCGGGCACUGCUCCGGUCCUCUGGUGUGAAGAAGAUUGACGUGGAGGAGAAACAUGAACUGCGGGCCAUCCGAAUGUCCAGAGAGGAUUGCGGCUGUGAUUGCAGAGUCUUCUGUGACCCAGAGACCUGUGCCUGCAGCAAUGCAGGAAUCAAGUGCCAGGUGGACCGUAUGUCAUUUCCAUGUGGUUGCACAAAAGAAGGCUGCAGCAAUUCAACUGGGAGAGUAGAGUUUAACCCCAUCCGUGUUCGGACCCAUUUCUUGCACACAAUCAUGAAGUUGGAACUGGAGAAAAGCCGUGAGCAGCAGCAAGCCUCCCCCAGCAACGGUUACCGCGGUGAAACUAAUGACAUGGGAGGUGGAAAUCCUCUCGUUCAGACCCAGCACAGGUUGGAGUACUCUUUGUCAGACGCCAUCCCACAGACAGCCAGCAUGCACCUGCAGGCCGCAGAGGAGAUGGAGGAGCCGCUAGAUGAGGAAGACGAUGAUGAAGAAGACGAGGAGGAGGAAGAGGAGGAGAAUGAAGAAGACGAUGAAGAGGAUAGCAGCAGCGUUUUCAGCGGACUGUCUGACUCCAGCACUCAGAGCUUAGCAAACAGCGACUCUGAGGAUGAGGAGGAAGACGAUGAGGAUGAGGAGAAGUCUGAGAACUUUGAGGAUGACAUGACAACCCCGUCAGUGUCUCACACUAAGGUGGUCCCUUUGUCCUCCGUGCUGUGUUACAAUGAUGGCUCAGUGGCACAUGAUAACCAUAUGAACGGAAACUCUUAUUUAAUGAACUCCUCAGCUGAGUACUGUCAGCUGGGGAGCUCCAGUGCCAUCUCCAAUGGCCAAACUAGUCAACCCCGUGAACCCUACGGGGAAGCCUUAGCAUUCCAAGAUCCAGUCAGCACGACCAAUGGUAGCCUGCCCCAGGGACCCUUCAACAUGACUGCUGAGCAGUAUACAGACUACCCUAAUCAGGCUGAGGAACAGUACACAGCGAAUCACCAUUUUUCCCUGACAGGUGCUGCCCCAGCCACCUCUCUGACCUGCUACACACCUGAGCAGGAGAAGAAGGUGAUCUCUAAAGCAGCUUUUGUCGAGCAGCCAGAAAACCAGAGCCAGACACAGUUACAAAACUACCUGAACAAUAACACCCAGGGUUCCUACAGCAGCUCUAUGACAGCUGAACAGCCACAGGAAGAUUCCACUGUUAAUGGCCAUUCUGACCUGACCUUACUAGCGAACAGUACCAAGAAUCUCCCUUUACCUGAUCAUUGCCCUGAGGUCACAGCCAUUUAG